CAUUUUUAGUACAGACACAAACUUUGAAUCUGCCACACGGUAGCUCGGGAAAGAAUUGCUCACUGUCGGUAUCGGAUAUGAAUUGAAGAAGAAAUUGAGAAAACACAAAUUGAAGAGAGAAAUCCAAGUGAAACAGUGAUAUUUUUUAAUAAAAGAAUUCAGAAUAAUAGUGCCAUGUACUUAUAACAAUAACUUUGUGAAAAAUCCAUAACAAUUGAAAAAAAAACCCUUAAAAAGGAUAAAAGUAAAAACUAAAGAGACGAAAGAACGAAAAACAAAAACAAGGAAAAUAAUCGAAAUCGAGAAAAUCAAAAUGGUGGAAAAUCGAAAAUUGUUUUAUGCAAUUAGUGUGCUGUUAUUGAGUUGCUGCUGUCAAAUUAUUUCAAUGUUUCCACAUAAUGCAGAUAGCGAGCUGCUCGAUGAUGGCUCGAUUUCCAGCAUAGACAACAAGGCCAUAACCAGCCAAGGCAUCAGCACUAACAUCGGCAUCAGCACCAGCACCAGCACCAGUACGAGUAGCAGUGUCGGCCCCAAUUCAAAUGCCGAUGCCAGCAACAAUAGUGAAUACAAUCGCGCCAAUGUGGAUAGUGGCAGCAACCAAAGCUAUGGCAACAAUGACGAUGAUAGUGAAUUUAUAAUCGCCGUGGAGCGGAUGCUUCACCAACACACCAGUCCAGCCAAACAGCAGGGUCCACAGGAUGCCAUUACAAUGGUUCAUACCGGCGAAGCAGUGUCUAGCAGUGGCAGCAACAACAAUAUGGGGGUGUGGGAGGCUCCCGAUAGUGAGGCAUCGGAAAAUGUUGAUGAUUUGAUUUUUCUGAACAAACGACCAAUUAACCAACAUCAGUAUGUCGCUCGACUCCCAACGCUGCCAACAAAGGAGCACCCACAUAGACAAUAUGUACAGCAUUUAUUCGAAAUUCAUCAUCAUCGGAGUGCGGAUGGUCACGAUAGUGGCAGCAGCAGCAGCAGCAGCAGCACUUCGGAUGAACAUUCAGAUUCAUUAACACAUUCAACAUUUGCCUCAGCAACAGCCUCCGAAAGGCUGGCGGAGAGUGUGAUGGUGGCCUCAAAAAAGGAUGCUGCUGAUGCGGCAACGCUACCGCAUGAAAUUCAAUUACAGCCCCACAAUAAUGAAGAGUUCCAAAGUGGAGCGAUGAUGACGAUGGCAACGAUGACGACGACUAUGGCGGCGGUCGCGGUUACACCCCUUGACUUAAGCGAUUUUCUAGCCCUUAUACCGGCGAAAAAAGUCAAAACCAUUGUGUCCCAUUAUUAUCGCAACGAUCCGGAAGUCCAGCGUGCCCAGGCCUUCAUGGACAGUCAAGAUUUCAUUUCGCUAAAACAUCACAUCAUUACCAUACCGGAAAUGUCAGCAUUUUUACGUUAUUUAAAUAGCAGCGGUUUGGAUUUAGUCCAUUUUGUAACGGCCCUCACAAACUUAACAACAAAUGUGAUGGUGGCAGACGAAGUCGCAUGCUCAACUGAAAAAGGUCAAAUGACUGUUCAUGGCGAGGGGUCAUUGUCGUCCUCGGCGGCCAUUGAGACAAAUGAUAUUGAGUAUGGAGUGAAACAAAUGGCAACAGCAUCAGCAGUAACAACAACAACAACAAUAACCACAGAAACAAUAGUGGCAUCAAAUAUUGAAAUCCAAACACAUCCGCCGCCAUCACCAUCAGCAUCAGCAUCAUCAAUACAAACACCAACAACGGAAUCCGCAUUCACACCAACAAUGGCAACUUCAACGUCCGCCACAAUGGACACGGAGUCUACAACAAUAAGAGAACAACUUAAUGGCUUACACGGUUUAGUUGAUAGCAUUUUGGAUGUACUGCCACAGGAUCAAAUCCUGGCAACAUUCUUUGAUAAACUCGAGUCCGAUGAACAGUUCUCGAAGCUAGUCGAUAAUAUUGGCAGUUCGGAAUUCUCCAAAAUACUCAACAAUAUGCAGAAUUCAAUGGCGCUGCGAAAUUUAAUAUUUACCUUACACAAUAAUGGAGUUUAUGUCAUUCGAAUUGUUGACUCGUUGAAAUCAUAUUUCUUCCUGGGUGGAUUUUAAAUGACAAAUAAAUAAACACUAAAAUCGUCCAUUUCAUUUCAUUCCUUUCCAUGCCAACCGAAGCCAACCCAUCCCAUCCCAUCCAUGGCAGAGAUGAUGCUCCAUUUCAAGACGUUCUCUUAACAAUAAACAGCAUCAUUGUCACAACCAUCGCUUUGGUAUUUGCUCCAUCAUCCGUAACCUCAACCAACAAUCCACUCCAAGCAAUCAAAUCAAAAACCCAAAUCAACACCAGUCCAGGAUUCAAAGCCUAACGCCUGGCCCAGCAGCCGGGGAGCAGUGGUUGGGGACAAAAUGAAGCACUAAAAAAAUAUUAUAAUGGUAUCGUAAAAUAAUUCAGUCAAUAAAAGGUCAACUGUA